UUGAAAAAUCACUGAAACAGUGUAACUAGAAAGAGCCAGAACGGUCGUUUUGCUCUCACAGGAGCAAAACCCUAGCUCCCUCUCGGCGGUAACUUCACUCUCUACUAUACUCCAUUUCUGUAACUCGACAUCUCUAGACCGUAUAAUGGCUGCGAUGAUGCAACCGCAGAUCAUAUUGUUGAAGGAGGGAACGGACACUUCGCAGGGUAAGGCACAGUUGGUGAGCAACAUAAAUGCUUGCACUGCGGUGGCCGACGUGGUGAGGACGACGCUGGGUCCCAGAGGGAUGGACAAGCUGAUCCAUGACGAUAAAGGUAACGUUACCAUCUCCAAUGAUGGCGCCACCAUUAUGAAGCUCCUCGACGUUGUCCACCCUGCUGCCAAGAUCCUUGUUGACAUCGCCAAAUCCCAGGACUCCGAGGUUGGUGAUGGAACAACUACUGUUGUACUACUGGCAGCAGAGUUUUUGAAGGAGGCCAAACCUUUUAUAGAGGAUGGAGUCCACUCGCAAAAUUUGAUACGGAGUUACAGGACAGCUGGAAAUUUGGCAAUUUCGAAGGUAAAAGAACUAGCUAUUAGCAUAGAGGGAAAAAGUCUAGAAGAAAAGAAGAGCUUACUUGCUAAAUGUGCUGCAACAACACUCUCAUCAAAGCUCAUUGGUGGAGAGAAGGAUUUCUUUGCUUCAAUGGUAGUGGAUGCUGUCAUUGCUAUUGGGAAUGAAGAUAGGCUGAAUAUGAUUGGAAUCAAGAAGGUUCCAGGUGGUAAUAUGAGAGACUCUUUCCUGGUAAAUGGUGUUGCCUUCAAAAAGACUUUUUCUUAUGCGGGUUUUGAGCAGCAACCAAAGAAGUUUGUAAAUCCCAAGAUACUCAUGCUCAACAUAGAAUUGGAGCUGAAAUCUGAGAAAGAAAAUGCUGAAAUAAGGUUGUCUGAUCCAUCUCAGUAUCAGUCAAUUGUAGAUGCAGAAUGGAAUAUCAUCUAUGAUAAAUUGAAUAAAUGUGUGCAAAGUGGAGCCAAAGUUGUUCUUUCACGUCUAGCUAUUGGUGAUCUAGCUACCCAGUAUUUUGCAGAUAGAGAUAUCUUCUGUUCUGGUCGUGUAGCAGAAGAAGAUCUGCAAAGGGUUGCUGCUGCGACUGGUGGGAUGGUGCAAACUACUGUCAAUAAUGUAAUUGAUGAGGUUCUUGGAACCUGUGAGCUUUUUGAGGAAAGACAAGUUGGAAAUGAGAGAUUCAAUAUAUUUAGCGGAUGUCCAUCAGGAAGGACAGCUACUAUAGUUCUUCGUGGUGGAGCGGAUCAGUUUAUUGAGGAAGCUGAGCGGAGUUUACAUGAUGCAAUCAUGAUUGUUAGAAGAGCUAUGAAGAACUCAACUGUGGUUGCUGGUGGUGGUGCUAUAGAUAUGGAAAUAAGUCGAUACUUGAGGCAGCACGCUCGCACAAUAGCUGGGAAGUCUCAGCUGUUCAUUAACUCUUAUGCAAAAGCUCUUGAGAUAAUUCCACGACAACUUUGUGACAAUGCUGGAUUUGAUGCUACCGAUGUGCUGAACAAAUUGAGACAAAAACAUGCACUUCCAUCUGGUGAGGGUGCCCCUUAUGGAGUGGAUAUUAACACUGGUGGAAUUGCAGAUUCUUUUGCUAACUUUGUCUGGGAGCCUGCAGUUGUAAAGAUAAAUGCUAUAGAUGCUGCUACAGAGGCUGCUUGUCUCAUUUUUAGUGUGGACGAGACUGUAAAGAACCCUAAGUCUGAAAGUGCUCAAGGAGAAGCUGCUGCAAGUGCCAUGGGUGGUAGAGGACGCGGAGGAGCUUUCCGUGGUCGUGGACGUGGCAUGCGUAUGCGAUGACCUCACCAGAUACUGAAUUUUUGGAACAAAUAUUUACUUGGUCAAGCACAUGUUCAAAUGAAGGUUUGGUUUAGUUGAGAUUCUCAAAGGCUGCCUCUUUUUCUCAGUUUAGUGGUCAGUUUUCUUCAAGUUGUAUUACCUUGCGACUUGUGAGUUCUAUUGUCAACGUGCCUGCUUAAUAUCGUGUAUUUAAAUGACAUUGCAUUGACAAAGUAAAAAAUGACAUAGCAUUGACUGGAAAGACUUUCACGGAUGAUGGUGACUUGUUCAUUGAAAUGUAGUUGCUGCUAUUAUUAGAUUUGUUAACUCACCGGCGCAACAUUUUUGUAUUGAGUAUGUUCAUUGGUAAAUAUCUGGAGGUUGUUGGAUUCUGGCAUGGUGAAGCUACUCAUUUUUUGUGCUGAUAAGAUUCUCUUCUGCGUGAUGCUCUUCUAUGUAUUGCUUCCGUCGUGCUGCUUCCGUCUCUUGUCUGUCUUGCAGAUAUGAGGAAGAAGAAGAUCUGAAGUUGUUGGGCUUGAGCCCUAUUGUUAUUAUUAGCUCUCUUGUUCUUUAGUUUGUAAACCCACUGGACUAAUUCCACUGGGCUGAAUUGAUUGGGCCAUUGGCCUAUUGUUCUCUUUAGUAGUUUCAUAACCGUUGGUAGUCUAAUCAGACACCAACGGCUAUAUUUUGUUUGUAAGAGGUUGCUUAUUUUAGCUUCCUCUGCAUCUGUGUAUGGUUUUUCAAGUCAAUCAAUUUAUUGAUUGCUAA